AUGGUGCGAGAAAACCCUUUGCGUGUCUUCGGCACCGUGUCGCACGACAGUCCAUAUUGGUCUCAACCCUGCCAUUCCCUCAUUCCACCUAUCAUCCAACUUCUGAGAGAAAAAAAGUUAUACAAAUCAACUGAAAACACUCCACCAGAUACGAAACUACUGGCAAUAAAGAAAUGGGAAACUCGCAUCUUCUUCACAUUCGAUAUCUCAAAUAAGGACUAUGUCUUUGAUUCAGGGCACAAGCGCGAAGAAAAACAGAACGAUCUUCCAGUUCUGGUUGCCUAUUUGGGCAAAGGUCAGAAAGUCUAUGAGGCCAGCCCUGGGGUGCGCAACAGAGUCAACGACGAAAUGGCUUUCCUCCACGAUGCAAAUGGCUGGAAGGCUGACCUGCCUUUCUCCGAGGACCACACUUCAACGAGUCCUCCUGAGUACCCCAACCCUCGAAGCCUCAAGCGCGAUUAA